AUGGCAGGAUCAACUCUACCUGAAAGAGUAGCGCAAAUAUAUUAUACUUAUGGUCUCUUUUGUUCAUCUUAUCCAGUUACUGCGAUAACCAUCGCUCUGUCUGUUGUAUUAUUGUGUUGCUAUCCCUUAUUGAAUGUACCUCUGCCGGGUAACAUCCCAACUGUAGUAAAUUUGCCUCUACAUCAUAAUGGACAUAAUCCAACUGACUGUAGUAACAAAAAUUGCUUAAACACAGAACUGCAAAUGGAAAUAAUACAUAAUGAAACACAAAAACUUCCCUAUAUUUGGGCAAAGGAUAAGCCACUGUUCUAUGUGCACCAGAUUAUUAUGAAAAUAGGUGUUUCACCAUGGAACACUAAUUUGAGAAUGUGGGAUGCAUUCAGAGGACCACUACAAGAAGUUUUUCGAUUAUUAGAAACAAUUCGUAACCAUGAGGACUUAGAAACAAAGAAUACACUGUUACAUCACUGCUAUCAGAUAGAAGGCAUUAAACGACAUGAGAGCAAAUCAAGCAUGGAGCAAGUGCUUCCAGAAUACAGCUGCCUAAUGCUUUCUCCUGCUAAUUUGUGGCAGCAAAACUUACAAUCCUUCUCCUUGGAUGCUAAUAUAGUGAAUACCAUCUAUAAUUACCAGAGUCUUCAGAAGGGUAAAGCAUCAAUUGCUGAGAUGGCUUUUGGGAUGCAUCUUCGUGAUACUGGGAUUAAGCGGUAUCCACUCAGAGCGCGCCCGCGAGUCUUGCAGUACGCGGUUACAAUUUUUUAUCAAGAAGCCAACGAGCGAUUCAUUAACACCCUGAUUAAUAAACUAAGAGAAAUAUAUCCACUACAUCAAGAUUCUCCGCAAGUUCGCGCCGAUGAAGUGAUGCUUAUUUAUUACCCAGGGCAGUUUAACUAUCACGAACUUGUGCCCUUGCUGAUAACUUUUUUUGGAUUAUUUCUUUAUGUAUAUUUUUCUGUCAGAAAGAUAGAAUUUAUUAGAUCAAAAUUUGGACUUGCUGCAUGUGCUGUAGUUACUAUAGCUGGUAGCUUAUCCAUGUCGAUGGGCAUUUGUUUUUACUUUGGAUUUUCUCUAAGUUUACAAGGAAAAGAAAUAUUCCCAUAUUUAGUGAUAAUAGUGGGCCUUGAAAAUAUUCUCGUGCUAACUAAGAGUGUGACUUCCACUGACUCCAGGCUCGACGUCAAAAUUCGGCUCGCUCAAGGACUUACCAAAGAAGGCUGGUCUAUUACAAAAAAUUUAUUAACUGAAAUUACUAUAUUAACUGUCAGUUUUUUCACAUUUGUUCCAUUCAUACAAGAGUUCUCAAUAUUCAUGAUCGUGAGUUUAAUUUCGGAUUACUUCAUUCAGAUGGUAUUUUUUGCUACAAUUCUUGGCAUCGAUGUCCGACGCAUGGAAUAUUUCCCAGAAAGGAACAGCAAGUUACAUCUAAAAGAAUAUUUUAUUGCUAACAACGCAUUAAACUGGCGUUUCAACAAGGGUUACAUAGAAGAUAACAAUAUUUCACCGCAAAGGAUAACAAAGUCAAAAUCUCAUCCGAGGUUGAACGGGCUUGCACACAGCAAUCCAACCGAUAUUGUGGCUAAAAGAAACGCCAGCCCUGGUAACAUGGACAAUAGAGUCCCAAAAAGGAUACGCCUCGUAAACAUGUGGGCACGGACACGUUUCUUCCAAAGGGCAUUCAUGGUUUGGAUGAUAGUUUGGAUAUCGAUGAUUGUUUAUAACUCCGGGAUUGUGGACUAUUUUGUCACGGCUGUUGAAAAGAACAAUAAUGAUAGUGAGAGAUACGAUUACGAAAAAAAUAAAGCUAAACCAGCUGCAUACAUGACAUAUAAUAACAUCGACCAGCACCCUAUGGUAUAUUCAACUCUGAUAAACAUGGAUGAAAUCGGCAAAAUUGUCGAUACAAAUGACACUAUCUUUUUGAAGCACUCUCCUCACGCACGUCCAUGGUCUAGACUGUCUCCAUCGCACUGGGCGUCGAUACUAUCUCAGUAUAACGAAUCUGUGGCGGGAAAGUACGCGAUAAUACUACCACCUACACUGUUAAGCCAUCGUGUAAGUCCCGAGCUAGCUGCAGGGCUCCGUCACCCGGACGAGAAGGAACCUCCACCUCUUCGUUGGCAAGCUUUGGCGGCCGCAUUGGAUCCUAUAGACAUAUUACCGGAUUUCGAAUUGAUUGAAAGUAAAAGGCAGUUGCAUCAAUGGGGAAAAGAUGCUGAUUUACCCAUCUACCCUACGACACCCAUGGAGAUAUUAUUGCUGGCAAUUCUAUGUACAAUAAGUGUCGCCGUGAUCGCUUACAUGAUGGUGGUUUUGUACAGAUGUGUAUGCUCACGACACUAUGCCGAAUGGCGAGCUUCUUGGAAUGAAGACGAAGAAUAUAGGAAGAUUAUUGCGAAACAACCUGCUGUGCAGUUGGUGAUGGAAGCCGUCCCGAUGGUGGUAGCCGGUCACAGCCAGGAGGUGGAGUGUCUAGUGACAGAUGGCGACACCGUAGUCAGCUCGUGCCUGCAAGGCAAUAUCAAAGUGUGGGACUCGCAUAAUGGCGACCUCCUAACUAACAUUGAUCGUAACGCAUUUUUUAAACUACAAAAAGAACUACGCGAGAAAAUAAGCUCUAAUAAAAUGCUGGUGGAUGAUAAUUACUGCAAUAUCGUAAAAGUUUCCCCGCCUGCUGAGAAUAUGUUAACAAAUGCAAAUGAGAAUGUGCCCCGUCUUCGGAAAGGAUUGAGUAGUCAUCUAAGCGGCUUACGUUUUCGCGCUAACGGUCAAGAUUUGCCAUCCCCCAUAUCAGCUGUGGAAGCCACUAAAUAUAACUUCGCUAAAUGCUACAGAGAUCUUUAUUACGCCGAUCAACUGGACUGCGAUACUAAAGAAAACAUUGACUCUAGUAACUAUAGUUUAAAUAAGAAUGAUUUGAUAAGUGUUAAGGACAAAGAUGUGUGCGACGAAAGUAUAUUUGUAUUCAAUUCAAGUGCACAAAGUUCUAGUGUAUUACGCAAUAGGCACGAUAAAAAAGUGAACAAAAGGACUAAUAAUGACUUGGACACAGUUGCCAAUGAGAAUUAUAAACAGGAAGAAGUCGGUGAAUCUCCAGUGUGGUGCAUGGACUUUUGCAAUGACCUGAUCAUCGUAGGUUGUGCCGAUGGAAGACUUGAGUUCUGGGAGGCCAGUUCUGGAAAAUUAAUGGCUAGUUCAUCAGUGCAGCACCCUAGCACUGGUGAUGCAACUCCACCAAAACCAGUCUGUGAUUUCAAGUUUAUAUACUGCAACUUAUCAAUCACUAGAGCUUCUUUCGUUUAA